AUGUCUGCUGCUUAUGGGGUCACCUUUCCCCUCAUUCUCCUCUUCCUGCUUUUGGCUAAUGUCAUCAGCUACAGUGAAGCAAGUACAAGUGUAGCCCAAUGGAUUGAAUGUUUGUUUUGUUUUUCUCUUGAUUUGGAGGCAAAUGGGUCUGCAACAAUCAAUGAGAUGGUGCCAUUGAUGGAGCCAGAGAAGGUGGUGGAGAUGAGAAUGAUGAUGAAUGAGAGCAGGAGGAGGCUGGGCAGCUUCCAGAUAUGUGCGCUUUGCACUUGCUGUGGAGGCGCUAAGGGGGUUUGCUUGCCUUCUCCAUGUUGCUAUGCCAUCAAUUGCAACAUCCCAAACAGGCCCUUCGGUUUCUGUUCUUUCACUCCCAAGACCUGUAAUUGCUUUGGAUGCCAUAUCUAAAUCUUCAUAUUUUGCAUUAAUUAAUUUCUAGGGGUCAUCUCCCUGAUUCUGCUGAGAGUGUGAAUGGGAAGAGGAAUAUCUGUCCUUCAUUUGUUUGUUUAUAAUUAUAUUAUUAUUUAUAAGAAUACUAGUAGUGUUGAGAGUUGCUAUUUCCAAGCUACCUGUUGCUAUUUCCAGAGGGAAUUGUGUAUAAAUUUUUAUGGAAAUAGCAGUGCCUUAAGAUAGUGGCAGACCUAGAUUAGCUUUAUAUGGUAUUUGGGGAAACAUUGUUCUUUGUUUAUUAAGCUACUGUUGCUUGUGAUAAUUUAAUUAGUUGUUUGAAGAAUAUAUUAAUGCUAGUGCUCAAUAGGGCUGGCUUGUCUA